AUGUGCGCUAAUGAGGUUGCAGUGAUGGGCACUGAUAGGCUGCACUGAUGGACACUGAUUGGUGGCACUGAUGGGCACUGCAGCAGCCAGGGGCGGACUGACAACUCAUGGGGCCCCCGGGCAAUAGGGGAUUAUGGGGCCCCCGUGUCCUCACCCACACCCAAAAAAUCCUAUGAAAAAGCCAAUGAAAGGUACCAGGGGCAUCUCAUGGGGCCCCCUACUGACCCUGGGCCCUUGGGCAGUGCCCGAGUGGCUAAAUGGUUAGUCCGCCCCUG